AUGGAUUCGUUUCGUUCGUCUCCGAGAUGCCGUAACGGAGCAGUCUAUGGUACAAGGGUUGGUCGAAAGAUCGGGUUCCCAGAAGAGGUUGCGCAACAGGCCGAUACACCGGCAGGCCAAGCGUGGAGUCCACACACAGAGACCAGGUCGCGCAGAUUGAGUGGGGUACGUUCGACCGUCACGACUGAUAAAUGA